CCAUCACAGGGCCUCUAGGGGAGAGAGGAAUUGUACACUCACCUCCGUGGCUGUCCAUGGGCAUUGCUUGCCUGCUCAGCUGUGGCAGGGGUUCAGCUUGCAUGAUGCAGCAGUUGCUGGUCCUGGUAGGGGCCUUAGCCACAUUCAUCCUCACACAACACGCUGAGGGCACUGCCCCAGCUUCCCCCAGUCCAGUGGAGAAUUCAGUCCUUCGAGACUGCAUAGCAGAGGCUAAGCUGCUGGUGGACACUGCCUACAAUCGCACACAGAAGAGCAUCACCCAGCGUCUUCGCAGCGGCUCGGCCAGUCCCAUGGACCUCCUGGCCUACUUCAAACAGCCAGUAGCAACCACCAGAACAGUGGUUCAGGCUGCUGAUUAUAUGCAUGUGGCCUUAGGGCUGCUAGAAGAGAGGCUGCAGCCACAGGGAUCCGGGCCCUUCAAUGCCACUGAUGUGCUCACGGAACGGCAGCUGCGCCUGCUGUCCCAGGCCAGUGGCUGUGCUCUCCAGGACCAGGCUGAGAGUUGCAGCAACAAGUACCGAACCAUAACAGGGAGAUGCAACAACAAGAAGCGUCCCUGGCUGGGAGCCUCCAACCAGGCCCUGGCCCGCUGGCUGCCAGCUGAGUAUGAAGACCACAGGUCUCUCCCCUUCGGCUGGACCCCUGGCAAGAGGCGUAAUGGCUUCCUGCUUCCUCUUGUCCGGGAUGUCUCCAAUCAGAUUGUGCGCUUCCCCAGCAAGAAACUGACCUCAGACCACGGCCGGGCCCUCAUGUUCAUGCAGUGGGGCCAGUUCAUCGACCAUGACUUGGACUUCUCCCCGGAGUCCCCAGCCAGAGUGGCCUUCAGCAUGGGCGUGGACUGUGAGAAGACCUGCGCCCAGCUGCCUCCCUGCUUCCCCAUCAAGAUCCCACCCAAUGAUCCCCGCAUCAAGAACCAGCGAGACUGCAUCCCUUUCUUCCGCUCUGCCCCGGCGUGUCCCCAAAUCAGGAACAGAGUCCGCAACCAGAUCAAUGCGCUUACAUCCUUCGUGGACGCCAGCAUGGUGUACGGCAGCGAGGUGACCCUCUCCCUGCGGCUCCGAAAUCGGACCAACUACCUGGGGCUGCUGGCCACGAACCAGCGAUUCCAGGACAAUGGCCGGGCCCUACUGCCUUUCGACAACCUGCAUGAGGACCCCUGUCUCCUGACUAACCGCUCUGCACGCAUCCCCUGCUUCCUGGCAGGUGACACCCGGUCAAGUGAAACCCCCAAACUGGCGGCCUUGCACACGCUGUUUGUGAGAGAACACAAUCGCCUAGCCACUGAGCUGAGGCGCCUGAACCCCCAUUGGAGUGGAGACAAGCUGUACAACGAAGCCCGGAAGAUCGUGGGAGCCAUGGUCCAGAUCAUCACCUACCGAGACUUCCUGCCUCUGGUUCUGGGCAAGGCCCGGAUCAGAAAAACCUUGGGUCCCUACAGAGGGUACUGCUCCAAUGUGGACCCCCGUGUAGCCAAUGUUUUCACCCUGGCCUUCCGCUUUGGCCACACCAUGCUUCAGCCCUUCAUGUUCCGCCUGGACAGCCAGUAUCGGGCCUCGGCACCCAACUCCCACGUCCCGCUUAGCUCUGCAUUCUUUGCCAGCUGGCGAAUCGUACAUGAAGGCGGCAUCGACCCUAUCCUCCGAGGUCUCAUGGCCACCCCAGCUAAGCUGAACCGGCAAGAUUCCAUGCUGGUGGAUGAGCUCCGGGACAAGCUGUUUCAGCAAGUGAGAAGGAUUGGGCUGGAUCUGGCAGCUCUGAACAUGCAGCGCAGCCGGGACCAUGGGCUUCCAGGAUACAAUGCCUGGAGACGCUUCUGUGGGCUUUCCCAGCCCCGAAACUUGGCCCAGCUUAGUCGGGUGCUAAAAAAUCAGGAUUUGGCAAGGAAGUUUCUGAGACUGUACAAGACGCCCAACAACAUCGACAUCUGGGUCGGGGCCAUCGCGGAGCCUCUCCUGCCAGGGGCCCGAGUGGGGCCCCUUCUGGCUUGUCUUUUUGAGAACCAGUUCAGGAGAGCCAGAGAUGGAGACAGAUUCUGGUGGCAGAAAUGGGGAGUUUUCACCAAAAGACAACGCAAAGCCCUGAGGCGAAUCUCUUUAUCUCGGAUUAUAUGCGACAAUACUGGCAUCACCACGGUUUCGAGGGACAUCUUCAGGGCUAACAUCUACCCACAGGGUUUUGUGAGCUGUAGCCGUAUUCCCAAGUUGAACCUGUCAGCCUGGCGAGGCAAAUGAGGCUUCCACGGGAUUCUAUGCCAAGACCCCAAGACUUGGAGAUGAGGGUAACAGCGAGAUCAUGAGGCUGCGUUCUGCCCUGCAAACCACUGUUUCCUGCUAGAGCUUUUGCUGGUUAAACUCAGAGAUGGCUUUUUUGGUUGAGAGCGUCAAGGGUGCCAUGGCAACAGGCCCUCUUACCUUGGGAACCUCUUAGAUAGCACGUUAUGAAUCACCACCAGGUAUAAAAGCCUAUGAGCAGAACCAUGAGGCUUUGAGGUCCCAGCAAGACACUGCGGGAGGGCUUCCAGCACCCCUGCCCUCAGCAUGACAGGAAGAGCACACAGUCCUGCCUCUUAGCCACCCUACCAUCUUCCUCAGGACCUGAAGAACUCUCUCUCCUUCUUCUACCAUUAAAACAAUGCAAGAGCA